AACGCCUUCAGCCCCCCGAGCAAAAAAGCUAGUGUGCGGCUUUCAUUCACUGUGACACGCGAAUGUCCUUUCCUUUUCCUCGGAUACUCACGGGCUAUAAAUCGACAGUCAGACACUGGACUAGUGUGGAGUACAAGCCCAGGAGUGGAUGACGACAGGCGGUUCAUCAGCAAGCCCUGAGCUGGCUGAUCUCAGAGCAGAGAGGACACCUGGUUUACGGCGGAUGUGAGGGAGCUUUCACGAGCUGCGGCCUGAAGGCAUUUUGAUUUCUGAGAUGUCAGUCAAACAACCGGACGGGAUGUCCAUUGCCCAGGCUUUGGCCAUGACCGUAGCAGAGAUCCCGGUGUUUCUCUAUUCCACAUUUGGGCAGUCCAUAUUUUCACAGCUAAAGCUUACACCAAGCUUGAAGAAGGUGCUGUUUGCCACAGCGCUGGGCAGCGUAGCUCUGGCUCUCACCGCUCAUCAGCUGAAAAGGCGAGGGAGAAAAAGGAAGCAGGCAACACAAGGGAAGGAGGGCCAGAAGACGGUGGGAAUACCUGAGGCGCUGAUAAAGACGGGAAGACCCUCGUCAUUAAAGAGAGGUCCGUUUAGUGGCCGACAGAUGAUGAGUCCCAGCACUCGGAGCAAUGACACCAUGAGUGGAAUUUCUUCCCUGGCCCCCAGUAAACACUCAAGUUCCUCACACAGCCUGGCAUCUAUGCGAGUCCCAAGCUCUCCAAAUCCGUCUGCCAAUCCGUCCACGCCCUGGGAAGCAGAGCCUGUGGUGGAAGAGUCCGGGGCAGUAGAGGAUUCAAAUGCAGAGAAUCUCUAUUUAAUGGGGAUGGAGCUGUUCGAGGAAGCUCUACAAAAGUGGGAACAGGCCCUGAAUAUUCGCCAUCACACCCACUCGACCUCGAGCAACAACAGCCUCGCUCUGCAGGGAGCAACGUGUCGAGACUUUCCUUUGGGUGAAACCCGUAACAAAGUGUUUGCAGAGAAGUUGGAGACACUACUGCACAGGGCCUACCACCUACAAGAGGAUUUUGGCAGCACUAUCCCAACAGACAGUGUGCUGGCAGACUUUGUCAGAGUUUAUGUUGUUCCUUUGGCAGAGAGUGAAGGAACUCUUGUCUUGCCUCAAGUGGAGAGUUUCCACAGACUGCAAGAUGAUGAUGCGACUACUGUUACCUCUGAAGAUUCCUUCUUCUCGGCUGCAGAGCUGUUUGAUGCCAUGUCUUUAGAAGAGGUCUACCCGUCACUUAAGCCUGCAGCUCUCUAUGAAGAAGCCUUGUCAAUGGUUCGGGAGGACAAAGUGGCCUAUAGGUCCCUGAGGACGGAAUUACUUGAAUGUUUUGGUGACCAAGACUUCCUUGCCAAGCUCCAUUGUGUGAGACAAGCAUUCCAGGUCUUGUUGUUAGAUGAAACUCACCGCACAUUUUUCAUGGAGACCGGGAAGCAAAUGAUUACAGGUUUAAUGGUGAAAGCAAACAAGAGUCCCAAGGCCUUCCUGGAGAGCUAUGAGGACAUGCUGCUUUACACUCAGAGAGAGGAAACGUGGCCCAUCACUAAGAUGGAACUGGAGGGCAGAGGGGUGGUGUGCAUGAGCUUUUUUGACAUUGUGCUGGACUUCAUCCUGAUGGACGCAUUUGAAGACCUGGAGAGCCCCCCCUCCUCUGUGGUAGCUGUGUUGAGGAACCGCUGGCUCUCUGACAGCUUCAAAGAGACGGCUCUGGCAACUGCUUGCUGGUCCGUCCUAAAAGCAAAAAGGCGUCUUCUAAUGGUUCCUGAUGGUUUUAUCUCCCACUUCUAUGCCAUAUCAGAACAUGUGAGCCCAGUUUUAGCUUUUGGGUUUUUGGGACCCAGGCAGCACCUAAGUGAAGUGUGCACCAUCUUCAAGCAACAAAUCGUGCAGUACCUUAAGGAUAUGUUUGAUCAUGACAAGGUCCGCUUCACCUCCGCUCAGUGCUUGGCUGAGGACAUCCUGAACCUUUCCCACCGCCGGAGUGAGAUUUUACUGGGGUACCUGGGAAUCAAUAGCCUCAUGGAGCUCAAUGGUGCCCUGCCCAGAGACACAGACGGCUCCUCAGGGCCCAACUAAGACAACUAGAGGUCACUAAGGGUUUCAUUGGGCUUGUACAGGCCGAACGCAAUGGGCUGGCCAGUAGAGAACAGCAAGGACACUUAUUCUGUAUCUCCAUUAAGACUGGAUUGAAUCAUGCUCCUGUGAUACACUGAGAACCAGCAUUAUUGGUUCAUCCAUCUGUGCUCAUCAAACACAACUGCUGUAAGAGGAUGUAAUUUCACCAGAUCCACAGUAUCACUUGUCCUUGAGCUAAUGAGGGAGAGCGGUUGGAAAAUAUGAUUCCAUCUCUCCCUUGUUAUCAGCUGCUGUGUUGCGUAUCAAGAAUGCCUACUGUAGUUGUGUGAUCUCAGACGAGUGAGGACUUGUCUCUGCCUUGUUGGGUGACGGAUUCUUCUUGGAAAAAACACACUGACAGAAGCACUCCCAACGCAGGAGGACUGGGCCUUCUACACUAUUACUCCACAUGGAUUGCGUCUCUUCAGAGAACCAGCGGUUGCACUGUAACCUUUCAUCCAUCUGACUUGUGGAAUCGGAUGGGAUGUCAUAGUCUUCAUUAUUGUGUGAAAGCAAAUGGCGUGAGAGUCUGUGCGUUUGUAUGUUUUAUAUAAAAGGGGAAGGGAAUUUGUUAAAACCAUGAUGAUUCCUGACAGACUUGGCAACUGAAGACUUGAAGGACAUAAUGGAUUUGUCUCCACACUGAUUGUUCUUAAAUCCCCUAUAAUAUGAAGUAUUUAUUCCAAUUUGGUUUAAUUGAGGGGGCUAAGAUGUGACAUAUCCAAGAGACUGUGUUAAAUGCAAAAAGACAUCAUAUGAAAUUAUUGUAGGGUGCUAAUAUGUUACUAAUAUAGAAGUUGCAUUAUCCCAAAGCUAUAAAACCCCAGACCACAGUUUCUUGUCAUACAAUCUUCUCAGUCGAAGUGGACAUAGCUAAUCUAGCUAAGAUACAAAUGGUUAAGUUGUACUUUCUUUAAGUCACAGUGAUCCCUCUGAUUUUAUUUGCCAGUGGAUAGCAUUAAUAUUUUCAAUUUUAAGUGCUUCAGAGGUACAAAAUGGAACUUCCCACUACGAAUAACCUAAUACCAGAUGUGAAAACAUCUGUCUGAAUACAUCACACAGAGGAUUAUUGCCAGAUUUGAAGGUGUAACCGAAAACAAAUAUCUCAAACAAACAAACAAACAAAACACAUCAACGCUCUCAGGAAGUAAUAAGUAACAUUGUAACUUGAAAUCACUGUUAGGAAAUGUGUUACUUCUUGACUAACAAGCUCAAUGGUUUUCUUUUUUCAAAUUCUUACCAUUAAUGUAUUUGCUGAUUGGUUGUGGCACUUGAAUUCCUUCCACAUAUUUAGGCCUACAACUUGCUAAGCUUUAAUUUACUGAAUAAAAGAAGUAAUCAAAGUGAAAAUGUUUAGGUAAAAGUACCCAAGUUGAUAUAAAUCAUUGUUUUCACUGUAAAAUUUAGAACAAUACUACUUCCUGAUUAUGGUUGUUCUGAUCAUCUUAAAGGUUACUGACUGUAAAGGAGUAUAGGAUAGAUGGAUUUUGAAAAAUAAUCAGCUGUUUCCACUAGAUAUUUUUCACAGCCGGCAUUUGACACAGUAGGAAAAGCCCAGGUGUUACUUAUGAUGGCAACAAUGGCUCUGUCGUAUUUAAGUGUCCCAAUAAGCCACAACAGUGACAGAGAGCCAAUAUGCACAAUACCAGGAGGCUGAGACUGAAGCAGCUAAAUGGAAUUCAGCCAUCAUUAAUUGUAUUAUUUACACACUGUGCUUUUCAUACUGUGACAUGUCAAAAGGCCUAACGGUGUGUAGCUGUCUAACACCUUCAGAUAUAUAAUUGAUUGAUUACAAACAGAUAUUUUCCAAUACUAUACACACGAUACAUGUGUUGCUGGUUUUUAAUUUGAUAUGUAUUUAUUCAGUUUCUUAAAAAUGUAUGUCAUUGUCAAUUUAUCAGUUUAUCUAAUAGUCUGUUUUAUUAAUGGACAACACAACCUCCAAAUUGAACGGUGCCAUCUACUAGUCUAAGCAAGAAUAUUGUUGUUUUCUUUCUGGUUUCAUGAAGAAGCAGGCAUUGUACUGUCGGACUGUAACCUAUAAAACAAGUGCACUGAUGAAAACCCCCAAGUUCUCUCUGUUUUCCCAAUGUGAAAUACUGUUGGAGCACAGAGACAUGGACGGGGCACUAAGAUGCCAAGUUAAAAGUUAGUUUUCUUAUGCGAUCCUAACUUAACAACUCCACCACUGUAAAAGCAAGUUUGUGUUUAGCAAAUUGUAGUUUAACAAAUACUAAAUAAUCGUAAUGAAAUAUGAUAAGAUUAUUUAUUAUUAACGGCAGUAGAAGCACAGAAUGUAUGCAUAUGGUUGUGUGCGUGAAUGAGAAAAAGGGAAGGAAUUUCUGUCAAAUCAUUUAGAUCAUGGGGCUCAAUAGUUUAUCAUGCACAUUAGCAGAAGUCAGCUCUUUGUUAUUCAUAAUCAGAAGUGUGUGUUUUGUGGUCAUGGGUAAUCUAAAUCUUGCUCUUAUUGCAACACGCCUCUGAAAUUCAGAGCUCAGAAAUUGUUUUUUUUGGUUGCAAUUCAAUACCAUUGUGUUCUCCUUAAAGUGAACUGUGUCAAGAGUAAUCAGCAUUGCGGCAUUAUUUCUGUUUCUAUGUAACAUGAACCAGAACUGUAAAUAGAGCUUUUACAGACAAUAAUUUAGGUCUUUCUUUUGACAGAUGUGCAGCUUUGUGUUUUUAAGCAUUUUGCACUUUAUCAAGAAAAAUAGAAAGAUACAGAAAAGUCCAACAACCGUUUUUGAAUAAUCAGUUUGAUAGUUUAACUAUAUAAACAUAUUAUAAUUAUUUAUUACACCAUAGAACUAACAUUUUAUUGAUAGCAUAGAGCCUAAAUGCUGUAUAGUAUAGAAACUAUCUUUCCCAGAAAACUAUAUUAUGGAAAUCUAUUCUGGUUACUAUCCAAAGUUUUUGUUUUAGUCUCCAUCUUUGAAAUGUUCUCCCAUUUUAACUGCGUGUGGUCCAAUCCCUGGUACGCUGCUUUAAAAAAAAAAAAAAGUUCUCCCAUGUUUUACUCCUGUUAUUGUAGAGUCUCAAGUAUAUUUGCAAAAGUAUGCAUCAUGCAGGUGAUUUAUGGAAAAAAUGCUAAUGUUUAGUCUUGUGUUUGCAUAUUGGUCUGCUUUUUAUGUGUCCUGAGAGUUGAUGAUCAGAGAUGAGUUCCUCCAACAGCCUUUGCAUGUAAACAGUGUAGAUUCUCUGAAGUGCAUCAAUCAAUGUAACCCUGCGACAUUUAGACCCAGACUCAACUCCAGUUGUUGUUAGUUUUGAAAAUCUCAAUUAGAACUAAGAUAAAGAAAAUGCUUAGGAACUUAUAAUCAUUUGAAAGUCAAAAUUCAGGCAUGGACUCUCCUACUUAGCAUAUAUUCGAUAGAUUAUAGAGUUUUACAAGGAUUUCAGGUGGCCAAACUGUGGAAUGGAUUGUUUCCUCUUUUUUUUUUUUUUUUGAAAGUCACUGCUGAACAUUACAAGUGUCCUAUUCAUGCCUUUUGUCUUUUCUAUUGUUAAAUUACAAUGCCAGCACAAACUGUAAAUUGAUUUUGAUUCUCCAUAUUAAAUGUUAUUUUUUGUUAUUAAAAAAAAUAUGUUUAUUAUGCCUUUUCCCAACUGA